AUGCCUCCCAAAUUCGACCCCAACGAGAUCAAGAUCAUCCACCUCCGUGCCACUGGCGGCGAGGUGGGUGCUUCAUCUGCUUUGGCUCCCAAGAUUGGUCCUCUGGGUUUGUCUCCAAAGAAAGUCGGAGAAGACAUCGCUAAGGCCACCGGAGAUUGGAAAGGCUUGCGCGUGACUGUCAAGCUUACCAUUCAGAACCGUCAGGCUGCCGUGUCUGUCGUUCCUACCGCUUCAUCCCUAAUCAUUAGGGCUCUGAAGGAACCUCCUCGCGAUAGAAAGAAGGAGAAGAACAUCAAGCAUAAUAAGUCGGUCAGCCUCGAUGAAAUCAUUGAAAUUGCCCGAACUAUGCGAUACAAGUCUUUCGCCAAGGAGCUCAAGGGUACAGUCAAGGAGAUCUUAGGAACCGCCUACAGCGUUGGUUGCCAGGUUGAUGGCAAGGCUCCUAAGGUUAUCAUCGAGGCUAUCGACAGUGGCGAUAUUGACACUGACAAGUUCAAUCUAGUCCCCGAAGAGUAG